CUGCACUACGGGACCCUCCUGGGCAGCAGAGCUUGUGUCCACAUGGCAGCAGCUGCCUGGGGCAGUGGGUUUCUCACUGCUGUGCUGCACACGGCCAAUACAUUUUCUAUACCACUCUGCCAGGGCAAUGCCCUGGACCAGUUCUUCUGUGAAAUCCCCCAGAUCCUCAAGCUCUCCUGCUCAGACACCUACCUCAGGGAAGUUGGGCUUAUUAUAUUAAGUUGUUUAUUAGUUUUUGUCUGUUUUCUUUUCAUUGUGCUGUCCUAUGUGCAGAUCUUCAGGGCCGUGCUGAGGAUCCCCUCUGAGCAGGGACGGCACAAAGCCUUUUCCACGUGCCUCUCUCACCUGGCCGUGGUCUCCCUGCUUAUCAGCACUGCCAUAUUUGCUCACCUGAAGCCCCCCUCCAUCUCCUCCCCAUCCCUGGACCUGGCGGUGGCAGUUCUGUACUCGGUGGUGCCUCCACAUAUCCUGAGAGGUCUGCAGCCCCUCCGUGCCAUCCUGUCUCCCCAGGCUAGCACAAGAGCCCUGGACCUUGUGGUCCUCAAGAGCUCCUAA